AUGAACUUAUUUAGAGCGGAAUGUUCUUCCAAGGCCAGAUUGGAUGGCAAAACCGCCGUAAUAACAGGAGGUAAUGUGGGGAUUGGGAAAUAUACUGCCCAAGAUUUUUACGUAAGGGGUGGGCGCGUUAUAUUGGCUUGUAGGAACCUGGACAAAGCCAACCAAGCCGUGGCCGACAUCAACCAGGCUUGCAAAGAACUGGAAAACCUCGGGACACUCCUAAUUGCAAAGUUAGACCUAGCCAGCCUCAAAUCGGUUAGAGAUUGCGCCGCUAGACUAUUAAAAAACGAAAAAAGAAUCGAUCUGCUGAUCAAUAACGCGGGGGUGAUGAUGUGCCCGAAAAGUUUGACUAAAGAUGGGUUCGAGAUGCAAAUAGGGACCAAUCAUUUGGGUCAUUUUUUAUUUACUAUGUUGCUCUUGCCCAGGAUUUGCCAGAGCACCCCCGCUAGAAUUGUUAACGUUUCUUCCUUGGCUCACUAUGGUUAUGGUGGUAGAAUCGACCUUGCGGAUUUAAAUUGGGAGAACAAAAGAUACUUUUCUUUGAUAAGUUACAUUCAGAGCAAACUGGCGAAUAUUUUAUUCACUAAAGAACUAGAUCGCAAGCUGAAAGAAAACGGCAUAUCUGGUGUAAAUACUUACUGUUUGCACCCAGGUUGUGUCAAUACAGAUCUAAUAAAUAAUUUGGAGGCAUCGUUUUGUAUCAUGGAUUGGUUUUUCCGAUACGUCGUUAGAAAAUUCCUGUUAACGCCGCAACAGGGCGCCCAAACCACCAUCUACUGUGCCGUGGAUGAAAAAUGUGCCAACGAAAGCGGGCUGUACUAUACAAGCUGUUCCGUAGCGACGCCGUCUAGCGCGGCCUUGAACAAAGAGGACGCCAGGGGGCUCUGGGAUCUCAGCUGGAAAUUGGUGGGGCUGGACAAAAAUUAUAAUCCCUUUGUUGACCCCUCUAAAUAGUGGCUUUUCAAUAUAGGAUUUCCACUUAAUCAUAUAUUUGCGUUAGAGGUAAAUAACACCAAUACAUUA